UGUUGCGGUUGAUUACACGGAAAGAGCUGAAUUAAAAGCAGAACAUCGAGUCAUUGAUUUUGUUUUUAAAGUUGUAAAACCCUUCAAACAAACAAACAAACAAAGCUGAUAGGGGAUAUCACCGCGGGGCCGUUGCUUCUCAUCCCUCCGAGUCUGCGUUCAAACAUUUCUCCACAAUGAACUACUCCGACUACGACUCUGACGGAUAUUCCUCGGUUGAAGAUGAGGACUACGUCCCUUCAGAUGAUAACCUGAGCGAGGACGACAUCAACGACUGUGAACAGGAAGACCCUCUGCAUGAAGCCGAUACCGUGCCGCACCCCCACGUCCCCCAGAAGAAAAGAAAAGAUGUUCGUACGAAGAAGAAAAGAUUGCAGAAGUUGAAGACGGAGGAGAAAGGCGGCAGCGAGGAGGCCCAGCUGCCUCGGGGGGAGAGCGACGACGACGUCAAACAGAAGAAGAAAUCUGACGAUCUUUGGGCGAGUUUCCUGUCGGAGGUCGGAUCAAGACCUACGGACUGUGCACCUGCCGCUCCGUCAGGGACCACACACGAGGCUGAAUCUGAAGACUCACAAACGGCUCCGAGUCCAGACACGACGGUUUCACAACCUGCCACGGUCACCAUCACUAAAGUGUUUGACUUCGCUGGAGAAGAAGUCAGGGUGAAUAAAGAGGUUUCAGCAGACUCCAGAGAAGCCAAGAGUUACCUAAAGAGCCAGAGUGCCAAGCAGGAUGCACACGGACACACAGAGGAGGCACCAUCCCCAAACCAACCAUCUCUACCUGGCUCCAGCGCUAAGCGUCCUGCAGGCAUGUCCAGCCUCUUGGGUCGUAUCUGUGGAAAGAAACAGAAGAUGAGCACACUGGAAAAGUCAAAGAUGGACUGGGAUGCUUUUAAAUCAGAAGAAGGCAUCACAGAGGAGCUGGCCAUCCACAACAGAGGCAAAGAGGGGUAUGUGGAGCGGAAGAACUUCUUGGAACGAGUCGACCACCGCCAGUUCGAGCUGGAAAAAGAAGUGCGACUGAGCAACAUGAAGCGAUGACACAGAGAGCAGAUGGACACACACUCCUGCAGAGAAGAACAGAUGUUUGGACUGCGUCUAGCUGUUGUUUUAAUGACAGGGCUGAUGUUCUCCAGUAAUCAGAGCUCAGAUCUGCGUCUGGCUUCAGACUGUUCCAGUGUGCGUAUAUAAAUAUGUUCAGAUUGUAGAAUGGAGGCGUUUUCAGUGACCUGCUACGGUUCUUGUGAGAACCAGUAAGAGUGUGUGUUCUGUUUACAUCAUCAUGCGUUUGAGUUUCAUCUUGAGUCGUCUGAUUUCAAUUUGGACCUCACAGCAUCUCUUUACUACACUUUGCAAAGUUUAAGAUCGUCCAGCUGAGUUAGCUAGCUGAGAUAACUGCUCCUGAAAAUGUGGUGAGCUUCAGGACUGUGAAAGUUGCUCCGAUCCAAGCUGCAGCACAACACAGACUCCGUUACAGUACGGUGAAUAUAAUAUAUAUAAUAUGGUCUCCACCACCCUGAUGAAUGUGCUAGAGUUUUGGUUAGAAUACUAUGUUUAUAUCUCUUAAAACCCCAGCUACUGCUACUCAUAUUCUUUGUCAUUGAACAGAAAAACAAACAAACGUGUUUGGAGGACAAAUCUAAAAAAUAAAAAAGUGAAAUAAGCUGUUCUCACCCUGACACUUGUACUUUUUA